UGACCUGCAAGUAGUGCAUCAUCUCCAAAAGGAACGAUCCAAAUCCCCCACCAAACCAUGAAGCUCACGUUGGCCUUUGCCGUUCUGGUUGCGCUGGCGGUCUGUGGCGUAACUCACGCUCAAACCGAUGCCGCCAAGGAUGCGGCCGACAAGGUGAAGGAUAAGGCACCGGCCGUCCCGGAUGCACCGAAGCUGGACAAGGAUGCAGCUCCGACGACACCGGACCCGAAGGAGGCCACCAAGAAGCUGGAAGAUGCGGCUGGUAAGGCGAAAGACCAGGGAGCGGACAUCGGCAAGAAGCUGACGGAGGGUUUCAAGCUAUAAUCAACGAGCAGCCCGAUUUGGUCCCGGCGUAUCGGCCCAUUAGCCCAUGUUUUAUCAUGCUUCAGAAGUGAAAUAAAACAAAAACAAAACCACACCCGG